UAACUUUUCUAUUGAAGUGCAAGGUGAAUUUGCAGCUGUAGCAAUACAUGAACUAUCUCUUGUUGUUGUUACAAUGUACAGGUCACCGAGUGGUAGUAUUCUCACUUUCUUAAGACUUCUGAACCAAUGUCUUUAUUAUCUCACCACUCUUGGUCUCUCUGUGGUUAUUGGAACUGACCAUAACAUAGAUUUACUAAAGCCUACAAGUGAGGCUCGUGAUUUUUUAAACCUACUACGUAGUUUCAAUAUAUAUAGUAGUAUUAUUGAGCCAACAAGAGGUAAAGCAUCUCUGGACACAUUCUUAACCAACUUUGACUGCUGGAACUAUCGUGCUUGGGUUAGCAGAGACCAGAUUGCUGACCAUCAACAUGUCAUCCUAAGUUUGUCUACUGGACCUAAAUUUGACUUGAAUGGGGAGGAACUGUUAGCUGGUUACAGAUUUUUCAACCACCUACCAGUAGCCAUAAGGGACUUGCCUAUUUCAAGGUUCAAGGCAGUAGUGAAGGACUGGUUGAUAGAAAACCCUUUUUAUGACCUCUCUGAAUUUUAUAAAGUAGGACUACCAGUUUUGUUAUAGGUAAUGCUCAUGCACUGACUGCCUUGCAUGGCUAUUUUCUUGCCUGUUUUUUUUUUUUGCAUGGUUUUGCAUGGUUUUAUUUCUCCUUAUUAUUAUAUUUAUCUAACUGCAUUUUAUUUGUGAAUCA